GGACUAUGGAAUAUGGAUGGUUCAUGGUUCCGCAUAUCCUUGCCUUGUCGAGGGUUUUGAACAUUUCUCUUCCUUCCAUUGUCAUCUCCAGGGUUUUACAACUCUCCUUUUCCUUCCAAUACUGUCAUGGAUUCUCUAGCUAGACUCCACUGCCGUCACCAACCUCUUCACCUCUCACUCAAUAACCGCCCUACAUCGUUUCCUAAAUCCAUUUCUUCACUCUCCUUCCGAACUCCACCAUCUUCUUCUUCUUCUUCAAUGUCAUCCUCACCGAUCAAGCUUUCUCUACGAGGCUCGUCCUCAUCAACACCGUCCUCUUCCAAUCCACUCUAUCAAACCCCCAAAUUUUCUAAACCCUCCAUCCUCAAGACAGCUGGACUCGCUGUCGCCGCAGCAGCUGCGUUAUUCUUCAUGCGCCUCCAACACAAGCCCGCAAUCGCUGCCCCGGUUGCUACACCCACGGUGGAGACCUCCAAUGUGUCCACCCAGGAUAACGUUCCCUACGAGGAGCAAGAGCGAGCCCUCCAAGAGCAGUUGAAUCGCCAGCCCGACGACAUCGAAGCUCUACGCUCCCUUAUGGAAGUUAAAAUAAAGUCUCGGAAGCUUUCUGAAGCAAUUCAGAUUGUGGACCGCUUGAUCGAGCUCGAGCCUUAUGACGAGGAGUGGCCGCUGCUGAAAGCUCACAUAUUUAGCUACAGUGGAGAUCACGAAGAGGCCAGAAAAGGGUUUGAGGAGAUAUUAGCCAAAGACCCAUUUCGUGUGGAGGCUUAUCACGGCCUGGUGAUAGCUUGUUCGGAAACUGGUGGUUCACUGGACCAAGUAUUGAAGAGAAUCGAGGUAGCAAUGGACAAGUGCAAGAAGGAGAAGACGAAUUCGGAAUUGACGGAUUUCAAGCUCUUGCUUGCUCAAAUUAAGGUUAUUGAGGGGAACUAUUCGGAUGCCUUAAAGUUGUAUGAGCAGCUGGUAAAGGAUGAACCAAGGGAUUUCAGGCCCUAUCUGUGUCAGGGUAUCAUAUACACUCUGUUAAGAAAGAAAGAUGAAGCAGAGAAACAGUUUGAGAAGUUCCGAAGGCUUGUGCCCCAGAAUCAUCCUUACAGGGAAUAUUUCUUCGACAACAUGUUUGCCACAAAGUUUUUCUCCGAAAAGGUAGAGAGGGAGGAGGCAGGUUUGAAGAGCUAAGAAAGAAUGGCUUGGCAAUUCAAGGACAUGAAAGUCUUAGCGGGAAGCGCUGGCAGAAGUUUUCGUCUUGUAUUUUGCGCCCUAUUUGUGUUGUGCCUUUGUUGAGGCGAGUUAUGUUUUGAUACAGAUGAGUCUCAAGCUGUUACUUCUUGAAUGACUGUUAACCAUGAAUUGAGCAUUUUGAACACUAGUUGAACUGCUAAAGCAGCAAGAUAAGGAGUCUCCCCAUCUUGUUAGCUCCAUGUUUUGCUCUUCUUCCUUGGUUAUCCUACUUCUGCUUAUGGCAUUAUCUUAUUGAAUCUGCUA